AUGGCUGGUAACUUUGUUGAAAGAGAAGGCAAUGUGUUUGAGGAAAUUGAAGUUGACGAAGAUGAAGUUUUAGUGGGAAACGAAAAGACUGUGUUGGAGGAAAAUGAUGUGAUUGUGUUGGAUGAUAGUGAAGAAGAAAAUAAAGAGGUACAAGCAAUAUCUGUAGCAGAUGAAGCACCCACAGCAUAUAAAGGGAUCAAAGUUUACAC